AUGCCAGAAGUUGUACAGAUUGAUUUGGGUGUUGUUGGCCCUGAUAAACUUGAAAUCAUCUCUGAAUUUAUCUCUCUGACAUGUAUUUCUGUCUUGGCCACUGCUUUGGGUUCAAAGACAUUUGGUGAAAAAAUAAAGACACUUAAUUAUGGUCGUUUUAUGGUUAUCCUCCUUUAUACCCUCUCAUGGGCAUUUGCUGCUACUUCAGCUGUGGUUGUAUCUACAAAUAAUAACAACAUGGUCUCAUGUACUCUCGGUAUGCUCUUGUGUGAUAUCUUUUACGCUGGUAGUAAAAUUGUUAUUUAUGGUUGGCUAAUUGAGCGUAUUCAUCUUGUUACUGCUGUCAAAACAUCACGAUUGAGAACAUGUCAAUAUAGAGUUCAUCUCUUGAUGCUUUGUCCAUAUGGUAUUAUUCUUGCAUUGAUGCUGAGUUACAGAAAUAUCUAUUUAGAACCAGAUGGUACAUGCACCAUUGGAUUACAGUUGAUUGCUAGUGUUCCAUUACUUGUUUAUGACUUUUUGCUCAAUUUCUACUUGACUUGGCUGUUUAUGUCACCCCUUAUGAAUGUAGGAAUGACGUCAAGAGCAAAUUGGAAGAAGUCAAGGCUAUAUAAAUUAGCUCGACGAACACUUGUCGCAUCUAUUGUGAGUCUGCUGAUUUCAUUUUUUAAUGUGUUGGUUGUAGUGAUCACCAAAGGUCACGAGCGAGGCCUGGUUUGUUUAACAAUGUGCACUGUGGAUGUAACAGUGAAUGUUGUCACUGUGCACUGGGUAACCAACAACAACUCUUCUUCCAAAGGACGUGAUCAAGGCAGAAAUAAAACUGUUUACACGGGUGAUCAUAUGUCUGCCGAGCUUACCUUUGAAGCGCCUGAUCCAGGGCACCUUGACAAGCAAGUCAAGUUCAACUUUGAUUCACUUGAAGAUACCAAGAUGCAUCCAAGUCAACAAGAGGAUGAAGAUAGUGUGAAAUCUAUACAAAUGUCACAAACAAGCGCAAAGCCUUUACAACAACAGUACUAA